GGCCAUGGCGCUUUCAUUUUAGUGUUGUGCAUAGAUUUCAUGAAAUACAAUUGAAAAGAAAGAAUGUUUUAUCGUUUCUGUUGACAUUUUUACUUCAUUUAAACCGAAAGUACAAUGAGAGAGAUACAUAGGCAACUACUGAUUGGAAAUAGGACUAAAAUCGUCGAUGAUCUGCUUGUGGAGGAUGUUUUGAUCGAGUUGCGAAGCAAGUUCAUUCUUGACCAGGAAGACUGUGAAUUGAUAAAAUCAGAAAAAACCAAUCGACAGAAAGCCGGAAAACUCUUAGAUUUGUUGCCCGCUAAGGGAUUUGGAGCAUUCGAAGCUUUCUAUGAGAGUCUGUUCGAUAAAUACCCGCACCUAGCCAGUUUACUUAAGAGCGGAAUUGGUAACGAAGGAAUCCCGGAGGACCAUGAUAGUCCUUUCGUCGUAAACAAUAAUGUACCAAGUGAAGGUCCAAUGACUGAAGACCACAAAGCCUUGCUUGAAUCCAACAGAGUUGCCAUUGUUGAAGAUCUUCUUGUGGAUGACGUUUUGAGCCAGCUUCUUUCACAAUUUGUCUUUGAUGAUGACGAUGUUGAGCUAAUUCGAUUUGAGAAAACAGCAAAACGACGAGCAGAUAAGCUCUUAGAUAUAUUAGUAAAGAGAGGAGAUAGCGCAUUUCAGCAUUUUUUGUCAGCUCUGAAAGAUCCUUAUCCUCACCUAGCAGAAUUACUGCUAGCGGAAAAUCAGCAAGAAAGAUCAAGGUUUCCUUCUGUUAAUGCUGAUGCCCAAGCAAUUGUGGAAUCAAAACUUUUAGCAGGAGGUGUCCCACAGCAACCACAAGUGUUCACCGAACGAAGACGGGAAAGAAAUAACUUGCGCACAGCGUUACGCUCUUUGAAAAACCGAGAUGCAUGGGUAGUGCUUCAUGGCAUGGCGGGAUGUGGCAAGACCGUCCUUGCAGCUGAUGCACUAAGAGAUGCCUUGCUGUUAGAUACGAUUUUCCCUGGGGGAGUGGUGUGGGCAGAAGUAGGACGUGUAGAUCGUCAAAGGUUAUUGAUGAAAAUGCAAAAUCUCUGCAUGCGACUUGAUAAGGACAAACACAGCCCUAAACCACAAAAUCUUGAAGAAGCUCGUGAGCGUCUUCGGAGUCUAUUUUCAGAGCAGCACCCACGUGCGCUGUUGGUUCUGGAUAACCUCUGGAGCGCUCACGAUGCACGUUUGUUUGACAUCCGGGCACGAGUGUUGGUCACCACUCGCGAUGUCAGCAUUGCAGAUUGCAUUGAAGUCACAAGAUGUCCUGUGCGUGUACCUGAUAAGUUCAGCUCCGAGCAAUGCAUGGAUAUUUUCUCCAAAUGGACCAACAAGCACGUGACAGCAUUACCAUUGGAAGCGGAUAAGAUCAUCGCGGAGUGCAACGGCCACCCAUUGAUGAUUAGCAUAAUUGGCGCGCUUCUACGGGAUCACCCGAGUCGAUGGGUUUAUUAUUUCACGCAACUGCGCAAACACAAGCUGGACAAGUUUAAGGCGACGACAUACCAAUAUGCAAACCCAAGUGAAGCUAUUGCAAUAAGCAUUGAUAACCUCGACAAGGAAAUACGGAAGAUGUUUUAUGAUUUUGUCAUAUUUGACUCCUCCAUUAAAGUUCCUAUCUCCGUGUUUUGCUUGCUUUGGAGUGAAAAAGAUGAAGUGGAAGUGGAGGACAUCCUGGCUGACUUGGUCAAAAAAUCUUUGGUGAACACAACACAAGGUUCAGAUCCUAAUGGCGAGAGCGCUGGCUUUGGCAUACCCAAUAUUCAAUUCGCUUACAUGUUGGAAAACUGUGAUGAUAUUGAGGCUCGUCACAGGCGAUUGGUUGAAUGCUACGAGGCGAAAUGCAAAGGUAAUUUUGCAAGCCUAGCGGACGACGGGUACAUCUACUGGAAUCUCGUUCAUCACAUGUUAGAGGCAAAACUGGAAGGGAAAGCAAUACAACUACUCACAAAUCUAGCUUGGGUUAUAAGAAAACUUCAAGUCACUGGACCAGCAGAUAUUAUUGAUGAUUACAUAAAAGUUCAUAAACUUAUCCAGGAAGAAGAGAAGGACGAAUUCAAGAAUCUGAAUGAUUUUUAUAAUUUUGUACGAACCAACGCGCACAUUUUUGCAAGUCGCCCGAUGCCUGAUGUCGUUCAAACAGCCCUGAAUGAAUCCACGAAUAAUGAUGUUUACAAGCAAGCGAAAGAAGAAGCUCUGAAACGAUCGAAGAAAGGAAAACUUUACUUGGAUUGGUGCAACAAAGAGAGUUUAAACGCUCAGUCUUUUGAAACUUUCGAAACGACAUUUAAACCUCACGGAAGUGGGACCAUUCACUGUUGUGUUUUUUCUUCGGAUGGCAAAACUAUCCUCUCUUCAUCCUCAGAUGGAACAGCAAAGGUUUGGGAUGCGAUGUCUGGAAAAUUACAUCAUUGUCUGGGUGGUCACGAUGAUGUGGUCAUUUGUUGUGCUUUUAAUAACGACAACACUAAAGUCUUAACGGUAUCCCAUGACAGAUCUGUUAAGAUAUGGCGGCUUUCUGGUGCCCAGAACGAGCUGAAACUCACGUACAAAGAUCACAAACAGGACAUACACUGCGCUGCAUUUUCACCAGUGGGAAAGGAGGUCAUUUCCUGCUCAUCUGACGGCGCAAUUCGGGUUUGGGACUGUGAGACAGGAGUCACCAAUGCUGUAUGCAUGGGUCAUUUGGGUGUUGUACGAUGGUGUUGUUUUUCUUCUGAUGGUGAAAAAAUUGCGUCAGGCUCUGAUGACCAAACCGUCAAGAUUUGGGAAGCUACCACACGCGUCUGUUUGAUUACCACUGACAAACAUAAUGAUUUCGUGUCUUACUGCUGCUUCAGUCGUGACAAUAGUUUGGUUUAUGCUAGUUCAUCAUCGUAUAUUUGGAUAUGGGAUAGCACAUCUGGGGAAAAAACAGGAUGCAUUGAUAUUAAAGGCCAUGUCUUGGCGUUUGCAUUAUCACCCGCUGGAGACAAGUUAGCCGUAGCUUUAUCAGAUGCGGUUGUUCAGCUUUGGGACAUUGACACCAAGAAACAGUUAAACGUUUAUAGUGGCCAUAAAAACUGGGUUCAUUCUGUUGAUUUUUCUCUUGACGGUACUCAACUGGUUAGCGGUUCUGCCGAUGAAACCGUCAAGGUUUGGCCAGUUGACACGACCGCCUUUGCAAAAAAAGUUCGACUGAAGAAAGUAUUUGAUGUGUUCUUUAAAGACGAUCAAAUACUUAUUGCAAUCGCAGAUAAUCAAAACACAGUCAGGAUUUUCACGGGAUUACAUGGAAAGGAAUCGUGCUCUAGUGAGGCGUUCGACGCCAUUAUCACUUGUCUGGUAUUUUUACUGGAUGGAAACCGAGUUGCAAUUGGUUUAGAGUUCGGAAAAAUUGUGAUCCUAGACGUAGAGAGUGGCAGAUCAUUGCGUACACUCUCUGGACAUAGUGGAAGAGUGUAUUCAUUAACCAAAAACAAUUCCGGUUCCAUAUUACUGUCUUGCUCUGAAGACAAGACAUUCAUGACGUGGGAUGCCGAGUCAGGAGAAGCAUUGUUGAGUAAAGAACAGAGACAUGAAGAGGAUGUGACUUUGGCUUCGUUCAUUGAUCAAGAUAGACGUAUUGUAACUGCUUCCAAAGAUGGUACAGUUCAGGUGUGGGACAGUGCGCUCGGAAGUCGUCUGUUUACAUGUGUUCAUGAAAGCAGAUCUUGGGUACUGGCGUGUGUAGUAUCACCGGAUGAUACGAAAAUUGUGACUAGCUCUGUUAAUUCUGUUGUCAAGGCUUGGGAUGCUUCAACUGGUCGAGAACUAUUCACGUUAUCUCCCGACAGAGAUGUGUUAAGAUCUUUGGCUGUCAGCGAUGAUAAUAAAAUAUUUGCAAGUGGAAGUGAUGAUGGAACAGUUGAGAUUUCCAGUCUUGUCGAUGGACAUAAAUUAGCCUCGUGUACAUCUCACAAAGGGGCUUGGGUGACCGAUAUCGUUUUUGGAAAGAAUAGUAAUCAGUUGGUCACAGUUGGUAAUAAUGUACAGUGGCAUCAGAGAGAUGGAAAGUUGCUUCAACAAUUCUUCAUCAAAGGCAGCCACUUACGUCGUAUAAAAUGUUCUCCGGAUUUUAAAACAUUUAUUACCGUCGACAACGUGGGAGUUUUAUACAUACUAAAAGUCAUCGCUUAAAAGUAUAACCAAAUCAAUUUGAAUCU